ACUCGCAUGAUGGAGAGGACGUGGCGGAGUAUACGGAAGUCAACUCUAAUCUUGCUGCUGCCUCUGCUUGUGGCUAGGGUGAACUGCGAUGCUCCACUCGUCGACAGCAGCGCGCUGCCUCUGGAACACAGAUCGGUGUACGGGCCUCCAGCGCAAUAUGGCCCUCCAGCAACGCACGGAGCCGAGGAGAAUUGGCCACUGGCGUCGCCUGACACGCCCCAGAUAAAGCACUUGCAGGUUCAAUGCGAGAAGACGCACAUGCGAGUGAACAUCGAGUUCGAUAGGCCGUUCUACGGAAUGAUCUUCAGCAAAGGCUUCUACUCGGACGCGCACUGCGUCCACUUGAAGCCGGGCACUGGGCACCUCAGCGCCACCUUCGAGAUCUUCCUCAACUCCUGCGGGAUGAGUUCUUCGGCCAAUCACAACGUGGCCGCCUACGGGGCUCCUACGCCCUCUGGUAGCUACGUAGAGAACACUAUCAUAGUCCAGUAUGACCCCUACGUGCAGGAGGUGUGGGACCAGGCCAGAAAGCUGCGCUGCACCUGGUACGAUUUCUACGAAAAGGCAGUGACCUUCAGGCCCUUCCAAGUCGACAUGCUGCACGCUGUCACCGCCAACUUCCUCGGUGACAACUUGCAAUGCUGGAUGCAGAUACAGGUUGGCAAAGGACCAUGGGCCAGCGAAGUGUCCGGUAUAGUGAAGAUCGGACAGACUAUGACGAUGGUCUUGGCUAUCAAGGACGAUGAAAACAAGUUCGACAUGUUGGUGAGGAACUGUGUUGCUCACGAUGGGAAAAGGGCACCUAUUCAGCUCGUGGAUCAAUAUGGCUGCGUCGUUAGGCCGAAGAUCAUGUCCAGGUUCCAGAAGAUAAAGAACUUCGGUCCCAGCGCCUCUGUCGUCAGCUUCGCGUACUUCCAAGCCUUCAAAUUCCCCGACAGCAUGAACGUCCACUUCCAGUGCGUGAUACAAGUUUGCCGUUACAACUGUCCGGAACCGAAAUGUGGACAUCCUGGUCUGGAAUACGGUGCCCCUGCCGCGGGUCUUACUCAGGAAUAUGGUGCACCGGUUCAUCAGAACCUCGGUGCUGAAUAUGGGGCGCCACCUGUACCUGAAUAUGGCGUCCCACCCGCGUUCGCAGAUCCUAGACAUCCAAGUGGACCAGCUGGAGCGUACAGUGAACAAAACGCGGACGUAGUGCCGGCACCACAAGCACAAACCUCGUCCUCCUCACCGAGUUCGACGCCAGGCGACGCGACGGCCAGCAGCUCGCCACAGAGUCCGCAGGAUAACAUUCACCUUCCUCCACCUCCUCUUCCUGGUCAUCCAGCAGCGGCCUACCAGACCGUGAAGAGAAAGGGAACCGCCGGUUCUGAGGAGCUCGAGGGUAACCUGGCCACCCUCGGAGGUCGGCCGAGGUCGGUUGAAGGUUUUCCAGCUGAGCUUAGGGGUGCCAGGAGGCGACGGUCCCACGACGAGCUUCUGGAAGACGAUGAUUCCAGUAUCUACCGAACCCUCACCUUGGUCACGAGUCACGUAUACAAGCGAGCAGCCCAAGAGAUGACCGACGUGAACACUUCGAGGACGAUCCAGGUAGUCGCUCCCGGCGACGUGAACUUCGCCCUGGGCACAACGAACUCCAGUAACGACACCACAGUCGUGAUCCAGAACGCUAGCGCGAGCGCCGACCCAGAGACCAUCUGCAUGAGCCUGCCAGGCUUCGUCGGCGGCCUAGUGAUGCUCCUGCUCGUAGUGGUAGUCGCGUCGCUGGUUCUCUUCGUCAGGGUGCGCGCCGUGGCCCGGAAGAACAUCGUGGCCGGAAGUGGCUUCGUCCACCCGGCAUACGCAGCGGACAACUGCAGCGUGCCCAACCCGGAAUUCGUGAAGGUGGCCAACUGAGAUCCCAACGACGAACGGAACUCGGUGAAGAACGAGAGAAAACGACUUCUCGAGGAUGGCUGAUCUCGAGGACGGACACCGUGCUGGAAUAUUAUUUAAUUCUGAUGCCCGAGUUAUCUCG